CGAUAUUCAUAGUAAACAGUUAAACAGGGAAUAAAAAAAUGAAACUCACCAUCACCGUGUUGGCACUCAUUGGUUACGUCGCCGCUGACGUCUCACACUUAUCCGGCUCAUACUUGCCACCCGUACAGCCACAGCCUGAGUAUCUACCACCUGCUCAAGAGUACUUGCCGCCUUCGCAACCGCAACCACAAUACUUACCACCCGCAGCGCCGGAGCCACAAUAUCUGCUUCCUCAACCACAAUACCUGCCACCUGUGGCACCACAACCACAGUACUUGCCGCCUGCUGAACCUCAACCGCAAUAUUUGCCGCCUGUACCGCAAUACCUUCCACCUGCCGCUCCAGCACCUGAGUAUUUGCCACCUGUUGACACACCUGUCGCUGAGGAUGGUUACCGCUACAGAACCGUGAAGAAGUACCGUUUGAGAAGCCACUAAAUUUGAGUGUUGUUGCAUAGCAAUGAAGGAGGCGUUGUUAAGGAUUUUGUUACAGGGAUUCAUUAUCGUUUCUAAUUCCCGCAUAGCAUACAUACAUGCUAUUUUUGUUAAUAACUUUCUGAACUC